AUGAGAUAUUUAUACAAGCUAACAAUAGCCUUAUUAUGUAUUUAUAAAUAUUGCAAAAUAAACAAAAGUAUAAAAAAGAUAUUUUUAGCGGAAAAACAAUUAGAACCUGAGUUAAAAUCAGAUGAUGAGGAAAAUGAUUAUAAUGAAGAAACACUUACAAAUGUUUUAAGGGUUUUGUCUAUAGAUGUUGAACAAGGAAAAGUGGAAUAUGAAGGGAUGGAAAAAGAUGAUGAACUUAAGGAAACUGAAGCAGUGGAGGAAUAUACAGGAAGAGAUGAAGAAGUAGAAUUGGAGGAAUUAGGAACAUCGAAGGGAUAUAUAGAAGGUUAUGAGGAUGAAGAAAUGGAGAAUUUGGGGGCAGUAGGUGGAUACGUAGAAAGUGAUACAUACGUAGAAUUUGAGGACUUAGAAGAAGUUGAAGAAAUUGAUAAAAAUGAUUCUGAUUGUUUACCAUAUAGCACACGCAGAAAAAUCAGAGAAAAAGAAAUAGAAGUAAAAAGUAAAAGAAGACAUCAGAAAAAGCUUCAAGAAAGCAUAGGGAGGAAAGAAGAAAUAAAAACACCUGAGAGUGAAGCUUAUGGUAUUACAAUGAUGACAAAAUAUUUGUCAUAUGUACAAGAUAUCAAAAUAAAUGAUGAAGAUGGAGAAGAGUUUCAACGAAUAAUUACAGAAAGUACCGCAAUGAAUUAUGAUUUGGACUUUACAUUAAUAGUUCGAUAUUUUAACGUAGGUAUAAGUGGUGAAGAAAAUAUUUCUAAAUUGAACAGGGAAUAUCCAAUAUACAAGGGUAAAAAAAUUGAUUUUGAAAAUAUUGAUAAACCUUUUGGAGUUAGUCUGAAAAAUUUAAAAAAUGUGAGCAAAGAAGAAUUAUGUGGCACUUUAUUCUUUGAUGAUUUCAUCCAUAUUCCAUUAAGUAAUAUUUUAAAAGAAGUAAAAGUGGGUAAUUUAACUAUUGAAAAAAUUCUCUUUUUUUAUAAAGUUCGAAAUAUUAAUUUUAUUGUAUGCAAUAGUAAUAUUUUGAGCUUUCUUAAAUCACAAUUUUCAGAUUUAAAUUUAGAAACGGUUGCUUCCUAUAGUUAUGGAUUAUAUUCAAAUAAUGAAGAAAAUGAUAUUUUCAAUUUUUAUGAAUCAAAAUUUUUUUCAAUAAAAGAAAAUAAUAAUAAACUUAAAUCUAUUUUAGAUGAUUUUAAAAAGAGUAAAGAACUUAUGGAAGUUACAGAGGAACAACUAAAUUGUUUAAGAAAAAUUAUUUUUAACUUAAAUAUGGACAUUACAUAUAUGAAUAUAAUUAUAUUCUCUUUAAAUAUUAAAAAAUCUCAUAUUGUGGAUGAUUUAAAACAAAUUCAUUCUUUGUUUCCUUUAAACAAAGAAAAAUUAGAAAGGGAUGAAAUUAUCUUUACAACUAUGCAUUAUUCCCUAAGUUAUUGUUUACACUUAAUUAAACCAUUAUUUAGUAAAUAUAAGAAUAAUGAGAUAUUAAAUUAUGUUGAAUUUUUUGGUGUUUCAAGUAUCUUGAAUGAAAAUGUUGUUUUCAUAGAAUUUUUGCAGCAUAACUCAGAGUUUUAUAAAAUAUUCUGUAAACUUUAUAACAGUGUUGAUCAAUAUUUACCACGUAUGAAAUCGUAUGAUGAUAUAGAACCAAUUUUAAAUUUUAUACUUAUAAGACUUCACAUUAUUACUGUUAUCUUUAAUAUGGUUAAACUCCUUUUAAAUAGAGAUCUAUGCCAUGGAAUUUUAGGUAAUUACGAAGAAGUCCAAUUACCUAUAUAUAAGGGUAUAUUACUAGACUCUGAAAAUAUAUUAAAGACUGCCGAAGAAAUGCUUGAAUAA